GCGACGGCUAGCGUGGCGAUAAAGUUAAAGUGACAACAACAACAAAAACUGCUUCAACAAACACUUUUUUUCAAAUUUUAUUUAUUAACUGUGUGCACUUGAGAUCGUACGGAUUAGGUUUUGACUGGGAGUUGAGACUUGGAAUGGGAAUUGCUAAAAGUAAAAUUAAUUUUACAGUCGAUUUAUAAAUUUAUUUGUGAUUUUAAAAUCAUUUCCAUUUCCAUUCGAUGAGAGUUAUGUGUUGUGACAGUGACAGUACAUACCCAAUACUUAUCUUAAUGAUAAAACAUUUAAAUGAUUAAAAUAAUAUAAUUUAAUUGCUCUUUGUCGUGUUAUUAUUGCAUUUUGUUUUUAUUUUGCAAUUUAUUGUCAGUUAUCAUUGGCUCUGAUGUUCAGUUAGUAGGUGUACUUAUUUUUAUUGUAUACCUGAGUAACUAACUGCUAACUAGUGAUCGAAGGCGGAUAGACCUCAACUUCUAGGUGGGAUUUUUUGAAAAUGGGUUGCUGUGAAAGUUUACUAUCGGAUCCUGAAUCGGAGGAUGAAUAUGUUCCAGAACGAAGAAUAUCACAAAGGCCGAUAGUACAAGAACAUGUCAUCAGAAGACAAAUAGAACAACGUCCAGCAAGGCCAAGAUCAAAAUCAAGAUCAAGAUCAAGAGAGAACCAUCAGCGAAGAAGAGGACCACCUCCACAAAGACAAAAACCACCCAGCUCAAUACGAGACCCUGCCCCAGCAGCAAUAAACCAUGAUUGGAGUUGGACCAUCCAUGAUCGACUUGCAGAAGUGGAACACAUUGAUUCCAUGUCCGCUAGAAAUAUAGUAAAACUUUUCGAAGAUGAAAACACUAUUCCAUUUAUUUGUCGCUACCGUCAAGAUAUGAUAAAUCGAAAUAUCACUCCUAAUAAGUUGCGUGCCAUAAAAACCUCCUAUACAAAUAUCAUCGAACUGAGAAAGAGAGCCGAAAAUAUUAUCAGGGAAUUGGAUAAAGUUAUCGAAGUUGAUAAUGACAUCCGCACUCAGAUAUUGGGUGCUAGAACCUUCAAAGAUCUCGAAUAUUUGAAUUCUGUGUACAAACCUUCGAAAUUAAACCCACGGUCGCUGGGCAUCGAUACACAUGCUUAUAGGCUGCUAUUGGGGCAAAGUCCUUUAGUCCAGUUGCUUGAAAUUGUCGACAAUCGAAAUCCCUACUUGGACACAACAAAUAAGGUGGAAAUUGGAUUAACUCAAGUCAUAUCAGAUCUUCUCAGCAAACACAGGGGCAUCCUCGCUGAAUUGGUGGAGCUUCAGAAAGAUCAUCAGAUUGUCCUCAAAUGCAGUCAAGCAGUUAAAUCAGACAACGAGGCCGCUGACGAGGAAAAAAAAGAAAGAGAUCGUUUGAAACAAUCGAAAUAUGAAACGUAUUUCAAGUUUGAAAAUGAUAUUCGAUGCGUUAGACCGCAUCAGAUUUUGGCCAUUAAUCGUGGAGAAAAAAUGAAGUUCCUAAACGUCCAAGUAAUCUUGCCGGAUAGUUUUAAGAAUGCCAUCAGAGGUUAUAUUUAUGCUCAAUUUAUGAUCGGCGGUAUUAAAUAUCCUCUGAGAAAUUUAAUUUUCGAUAUGGCCUUUGAAAAUUGUUACAAUGAAAAACUUGUUACAUAUGUCAGCAAGCAAGUGCGAGCUGAUCUGACUGAAAUGGGUAAAAAAGACGCUAUCGAAUGCUUCGCCAAGAAUCUGAAGCAAUUGCUUUUGAAACCACCGCUUAAGGGAGAGCGUAUCUUGGGCAUUGAUCCUGGAUUUAAAAACGGCUGUAAAUUAGCGCUGAUUUCAGAAACUUCUGAUUUACUGGACACUGGAGUUAUGUAUCCGCACAAUAAUAAACCAGAUGACGAUGACAAAUGGGGUAUUAAACUAGCAAAUUUGCUUGCUAAACACAGUUGCAAAACAAUUGCCCUGGGAGAUGGAACAGCUUGUCGAGAAACUGAACUCUGGCUUACAAAUCUUUUCGAUAAAGGCAUUCUCGAUCGCAAAAAUAUUUGGUACGAUAUCGUUUCCGAACAAGGAACAUCAGUUUACUCUUGCAGUGAUCUGGCUAAGAAAGAGUUUCCAAAUCUCGAUGUAAAACUUAUCAGUGCUGUUUCCAUUGCACGUCGAUUGAUUGAUCCUUUAAGUGAAUACGUUAAAGUUGAACCUCGUCAUUUGGGUAUUGGCAUGUAUCAAAUGGACAUAAAUGAAAAACUCUUGUCAAAAUCACUAAAUGAAGUCGUCUCGGAAUGUGUAAGUUUUGUGGGAGUUGAUAUUAAUACGGCUAGUUUAAAUGUUCUCAAAUACAUUGCUGGACUUGAUCAUAAAAAGGCAGAACAGAUAGUUCAAUAUCGACAAAAUAUCGGACCUUUCCUUAACAGAAACGACUUACUUCGGGUCAAGACCAUUGAAAAAGCAACAUUUGUGCAAUGCGCUGGUUUUAUCCGAAUUGAUCCGAAAAGUGCUGGUGGCAAAUUGCAAAAUAUGCUAGACUGUACCUGGGUUCAUCCAGAAAGUUAUACAGUUGCAAUUGACAUCAUUCAACUAUGCAACCUCGAAUUGAGAGACAUUGGGAAUUCAGGUUUUAUAUCGGCUAUAAAAUCUUUUGUUAAUUCCAACAAAAUUGAUGUUCUUGCUAAUCAUUUUGAAAUUCCUGCCGAACGAUUGAGAAUUGUAUUAAAUGCACUUCAAAGGGAGCUACUUCAAGACUAUAGACCGGAUUUCGACAGAAAAGUUUUCAUUCAGGAGAUUACAAAACUUGAUGAUUUAUUCGUUGGUCAAAUUGUUACAGGAGAAGUAAGGAAUAUUGUUUCUUAUGGAGCUUUUGUAAAUAUCGGACUUGGUAUAGAUGCGCUUAUACACAGAACCAAAAUGAAUAAAGCCAAAUUGAACCUGGGUGAUAGAGUAUCCGCAUCAGUUAUUGAUCUCGACUUAGACCGCCAACGUAUAUCGCUAAGACUAGACGAAGUGAUUUAAUUUUUGUUUCGUUGUUUUUUUGAAAAUUUUAAGUUUUCAUCUCUGUGAGAAACAUAAACACUUAAAUGUUAUUUUAAAGUUUAAGCAAAAUAUUUUAAAACAAUGUUGUUUUAAAUUCGUCAAGGUAUUUCCAUUUUGUACCUACUAUUAAAUAUUCUUCUACGAAAA